AUUCUUUUUCCGUUUCCGGUUUUAUAAGUGGUCCGCCAGAGUUGGCGGGCAGCAGCCCCUGGGUUACUUUGAGUUAGGGUCGCUGCUUUUGGUGUAGAAGACGGGAACCGCCUGUGUGCCGACAUUUCGGAGUCAAGUGGAAGAGAAGCAGGUGACUUGUACAAAGAAAACUGCUCCAGGACCACGAGACUUGGAUGCCUUCUGCAUCUCCCCUGCCCUCUGGUUCCAGUGUGAGUCACCCAGUGGGCACAUUAGGAGGAGAUCAGACAGACGGAGAAGAGUGGCUGCAUCCCGUAACUGCAGGCUGACCUCCUAUACGACAGCCUUCUCCACCCGGCGUUCCCCACCACACACUUGUGCUAACUACUCCCUGUUGUAGCUCCUUCAGGCCUCAGGAUGGGAACGGCGCCUUGCUCUUACUAGCCCGAGUACAGCACUGUACCUGGACUGACAGUAAGGAUAAGUAUUUGGAUUAUGGCAAGAUGAGCUUCCUGUUGCCCAAGCUAACUAGCAAAAAAGAAGUAGACCAAGCAAUAAAAAGCACUGCAGAGAAGGUAUUGGUUCUCCGAUUUGGGAGAGAUGAGGAUCCAGUCUGUCUGCAGCUAGAUGAUAUUCUUUCUAAGACAUCUUCUGACCUGAGUAAAAUGGCUGCUAUAUAUCUGGUAGAUGUGGACCAAACUCCCGUUUACACGCACUAUUUUGACAUCAGUUAUAUUCCAUCUACUGUGUUCUUCUUCAAUGGGCAGCACAUGAAAGUGGAUUAUGGGUCUCCCGAUCACACUAAGUUUGUGGGAAGUUUCAAAACCAAGCAAGACUUCAUAGAUUUGAUUGAAGUAAUUUAUCGAGGAGCAAUGAGGGGAAAGCUUAUUGUCCAAAGUCCUAUUGAUCCCAAGAAUAUUCCCAAAUAUGACCUUCUCUAUCAAGACAUUUAACGCAUUCAUGACUAUCAAAGUUGAAGAAAAAAGCACAUCUUGAAACAGUACCUGAACCCAGCUGUGCCGUUUUCCUGGAGUCCUUCGGACAUGUGUUCAGCAUCCCAGCAGAGAAGAGUGCUGACUUGGGUAGAAAAUACCCCACCCUCAAGUAGAAGACCACGCUGGCACUGCGAUGGGCAGAGAUGCUUAAAUGUCUAUUCCCUGCAAACCCCAGAGCAGUCAAGACCACCGGGGUCAAUUUCCCCAGCAUGAUUUUUUUUUUUUAAUUUUUAUUGUGCUUCUCUUUAUUCCUUAAGAUGAUACAGAAUCCUUGUAAACAUUGGCUAGUAUAUUUAUGUUGACUUUGAUAUACAAGUAAAAUAGAAAAUCAUUUCCCGUAAGAGAAGUACUUAUUUUUUUACCCUAAAUGUACCCACACACACACCCUCCCCCUCACCCGUUUCUCCACUCAUGUAUUUAUCUCAUGCUCUCCUGUCUCCAGUCCCUGUUAUCUCAGUUUCUCUUGGAAUAAAUGUUUCUCUACAGAUAGU